CGGGCGCAGGGUCCUGCCCAAUUGGGGCUUGCGGCUGGCGGCGGGACCACUCAAGAAUUGCAAGAAGUCGCUGGCCACGGUGGCGAUGCACACACAGGCAGGGCUGUUUGAGUCACCGUCCUAUGGUGAUUAGCAACUGUCGAGCAUGAUGCCAAAUGGCUUCACCCACAGACAGACCUGUUGUCGUGGGCCUGGGCUCGAGGACGGCCAGCCAGGGACCUGGGAAAGUACUCAAGUAUUUAGCUGGGCGGCGGCCGCCCCUCUCUCCACCUUUGCCCAGCAGCUUUUUGCAUCAUCCCAACCCCACAUCUGCCUGGAAGUCGCCGUCACAAGCUCGACGAGAGAGCGCGAGAGAAGACUCUGACCCCAGACUUUCUCUGUGCGACCUGCAGCUCUACCACGAACCACAACUCGCCCGCCACAACAGCAACGCCCACGAUCCUACGCAGACACAUACACUUUCUCCUUUCAACAACAACCAGCUCACCAACAGUCAUGGCGGUCCGAGCCUCCUUUGAAAACUCCAACGAGGUCGGCGUCUUCUCGACGCUUACAAACUCGUACGCCCUCACAGCUGUUGGCGCCAGCGAAAACUUCUACAGUGUCUUCGAGGCCGAGUUGCAGGAUGUCAUCCCCAUUGUGCGGACAACAAUUGCCGGCACGAGGAUCAUUGGCAGAUUAACGUCAGGAAACCGCAAAGGUCUCCUCGUCCCCACAUCCACAACAGACCAGGAGCUGCAGCACCUGCGGAAUUCGCUACCAGACGAGGUCAAGAUCCAGCGCAUAGAAGAGCGCCUGUCGGCCCUGGGAAACGUCAUUGUCGCCAACGACCACAUUGCCCUCAUCCACCCGGACCUCGAGCGCGAGACCGAGGAGAUCAUUGCCGACGUCCUCGGCGUCGAGGUCUUCCGCCAGACCAUUGCCGACAACGUCCUCGUCGGCACCUACAUGUCCCUCAGCAACCAGGGCGGCCUCGUACAUCCCAAGACGAGCAUCCAGGACCAGGACGAGCUCUCCAGCCUGCUCCAGGUGCCCCUCGUCGCGGGGUCCGUCAACCGCGGCAGCCAGCUCGUCGGCGCCGGCAUGGUCGUCAACGACUGGAUGGCCGUUACCGGCCUCGACACCACCGCCACAGAGCUCAGCGUCAUCGAGUCCGUCUUCAGGCUCGGCGAGGGCCAGGCCCCGGGCAACAUCAACAGCACCAUGAAGGACACCAUGGUAGAAAGCUUCUACUAAACUUGAGCUAGAGAGUGUUGUGGGUGUGUGUCCGCGCCUCAUCACUGCUGUGUGGGGUCAGAUCUUUUUUUUUCCUAUGAUCCGGGGAUAUAGCACACUUGGGAAGGCAGAGGAAUGGGCAAGGGGUGGGAAAGCCCCCCCUCCCUUUUGAUUGAUCUACACGGGAGCGGAAAGGAGAACGUUGGAAGCUAUUAAAAAAAAGAAAAGCUUUAGAAGUUUGCCGCUGCCGAAAUAAGAGAAACCCCCAGCACAAUACCUCCCGUGCUCUAUCCCCGCGGAA